UCCUGCCACUUCCAGAAGCUUUUUGGGACGGACGGGGAGCUGGAGGACGAGGAUUUCCUCUCCGCCGUGGAAGACGCGGAGAACCAGUUUGUGAUCCCUGGAUACUCGUCACCCAGCGACGCCCCAGUUCCUCCCAGUAAACCCCAUCCCAGUAAACCCCAUCCCAGUAAACCCCCCACCCUCCGACCCCUCGCCGGGCAGGGGGAGCAUCCCGCGGGAUUCCAGGGACCCCCACCCAGGGGAGCAGCCCCCCAGGAUGAGCUGGACAAUGAACUUUUCCUGGCUGCCUGCAUGGAGCUGGAGGGGCCCGAGGGGCCGGCGGGGGCCGGCGCUGCCCCGUUGCCCCCCGGGCGCGGGGAGCAUCCCACACGGAUACGCCCAGGGAAGGAGAACGCUCAGGAAUGUGGGAUCCCCAAAAAGCUGAGAGUGGGAGAGGAGCCGAUCCCCAGCUCCAGGGGGGUGCAGGACAGGCAGGGCCCCCUCCCCACUCCCAAAGGGGUGCUGAGGCCCAGCACAGCCGGUUCCUGGACCCCCAGGCCCCCCAUUUCCAUGGGAAAGCCGGGAAGCUCCGCAGGGUCUGGGUCCAUCCCUGCUCCAGGGACUCCAUCCCUGAGGCCUUUCCAAGCACCCCUGGGAGGCAGCAACUCCUCCUCGUGUCUGGGGGGGCCCCGGACCCCUCCAGCACUGAGCAGCCCCCAACCCCAGCAGCCCCCCAGGCCCCCCUCCCGACCCCCUGGAUCCACGGAGCCCCCGAGGCCGCCGCUCCAGAUGGCUGCUGGAUUCCCAAAUCCCACCGUGGUCCCCAACGCCCCCGGCCCCCCGAACCCCCCCGUGGUGACCAACCACCUGGUGCAGCUGGUGACAGCAGCCAGCAAAGCCCCCGGGGCGUCCCCCCGAGUCCCCCCGUGCAGGGAGAGCCGGCGCUUCCCGGGGCCCGCCGGGAUCCUGCCCCAGCAGGCACUGCCCAGCUCCCCGCUGCCCACGGAGGAGGAUUUUGGGAAGGGGCCCUGGCUGGCCAUGAAGACAGAGCUGGGGCUGGACGAGAGGGAUCCCGGCUGCUUCCUCCACACCUACAGCGUCGUCAUGGUGCUGCGGAAGGCAGCCCUGAAGCAGCUCCCAAAAAACAAGGUCCCCAGCAUGGCCGUGAUGAUCAAGGCUCUGACCAGGAGCAGCGCCGGCGCCGGCGCCGUGUUCCGGGAUCCGACGGGGGAGAUCCAGGGCACAGUGCACCGGCUGCUGCUGGAGGAGAGGCAGAGCGAGCUCCGGCCUGGCUCCGUGCUGCUCCUGAGCCAGGUGGGGGUCUUCUCCCCCUCCCACCGCAACCACUACCUCAAUGUCACCCCCAACAACCUGCUCAGGAUCUUCCCACCGGAGCCCGAGGGCGGCUGCUCCCAGCAGCAGGUGAGGAGGGGACAGUGCUGGUGGCUCUGGGGACGUGUGGGGACCCUCGGGAGGAAGGAUGGAUAA